AGGUCAGCAAAACACAGACCUGGUUUCAUUGGCUGGAGGUGGUUAGGGUUUAACCCGCAGGCUUGUUUUAAAGAGAGCCAGCUUUUCAUAUUUCUACUUCAGACACAUCAGGACUAGGGACAUGUUCAAUACCUCAAACAGCACAGCAAUGGCUUACAGCAGCGCUGAAUACGGCUACAUUGAUCUUGAUGACUAUUUAAACUACUCAAGUAACAUCUCAGACUUCGAGGAUUUGGACUCUGGCUUUUGCGAGGCCGGAGAUGAGGAGUUCACCAUCAAAACGUUUCAGACUUGUGUUUUCUGCCUGAUCUUCCUGCUGGGCGUGCUGGGAAACUGCCUGGUGAUCACCACCUUCGCUCUGUACCGCCGCCUGCGGCUUCGCUCCAUGACCGACGUCUUCCUGUUCCACCUGGCGCUGGCCGACCUCCUCCUGCUCCUCACGCUCCCAUUGCAGGUCGUCCACACUCAGCUAGGUUGGAUUUUUCCCGUCGCCCUCUGCAGGGUCAUGAGAGCAUGCUACGCGAUCAACACAUACAGCGGACUCCUGCUGCUGGCCUGCAUCAGCGUCGACCGCUACUUAGUGGUCGCACACGCUCAAGAAAUGCUCAGGCUGCGCAGUCAGAUAUUAACAGGCGGGAAAGUGGCUGCUGUGGGUGUUUGGGUGGUUGCGGUUCUCCUGAGUCUGCCUGAAAUUCUGUACUCUGGAGUCCAGAAAGAGCCAGGGUCUGACAGUAGCACAUACUGCGUCAUGCUAACGAGCAUAAGAGUCAAAAUGGCCGCAAACGGCGCCAUUAUUGCUGUUUUCUGCUUGUCGUUCUUCGUUAUGGUGACGUGUUACUCUCUGAUAGCUCAGGUGCUGUGGGAAGGGAGCAAACCCCGUCGGGGGAAGCAGUGGCACCGGCAGCGCACCUUGAAGCUGAUGGUGGCUCUGGUGCUGGUUUUCCUGGUGUUCCAGCUGCCGUACACGGUGGUGCUGUCUCGUAAAAUGGCGGGGCAGUUCUGCGGUCUGCUGCUCGAGUACAUCACCUGCACUUUGGCGUACACCCGCUGCUGCCUCAACCCCAUCCUGUACGCCCUGGUAGGCGUGCGCUUCCGUAACGACGUCUUAAAGCUUAUCCACGAUUUGGGCUGCCGGUGCGGCCUCGGGCUGGUGACACAGAACAUGAGCUCCACCUCCAUCUCGCCCACGUCACCCGCCUCCAAAAUCAUCUCAGUUUGUUCACCAGCAUCCCCCGAACCCAGUUGCUCCAGCAACGAGACUGUGGCCACAAAGUUUCAGUUUUCUGCAGCCAAAUAAAACCUCAUGGACUGGACUGUAAACUAGCUAUCUCUUUGAAUCGGUUAAUUACAGAUUUUUUCAUAAAAGUACUUCCCAACAGUAAACAUAAUAUACAGUUUUUACACAGAGGAAAUAAAAAUCUUGAAAAUUAUAGGGGGUUGUAUAUAAAAAUAGAAAUACCAUUGUCAAAACCAUACCGUAUUUCCAAUAUAUUGUGAACUUUAUUUUGGUAUAUACUUCAUAAAGCCUGCCUACUUCUUUGUAAAUAGUAUAUAUGUCUAAAUAGAGCUGCAAUACGGUUUAAAAAUAAUAUAACAAUAUUUUUAGGCUAUAUCACAACACAAUAUAUAGAUAUUUUGAAAUCUCCUCUAAACUAAUGUAGACCACUAAAAUACAAAAUUAUAAAAUGAACUAUGGUUUCAAUAAAUAAAAUCCUGUUAUUAUUUAGUUGAUUAAAGUACUGCUAUAAUAAAGUUAAAGUAUUUUUUAUAAUAAAGUUACAUAGAGCAUUGUUUAAACUAACUAACCAACCUUUUAAAGAAAUGGCCCAAAAAUUUGCAAGAAAUUUGUAAAAAAUAACAAAAAAAUUACCUGAAGCACUAAAAAGGAAAAGUAGAAAACAAAACAAACAAACAAAAGGCAAGAAAAUGAUAUUGAAAUACAGAAUUGUGGGGACCAAAUGCUUUUGUCAAUAUGAAUUUAUUUUAGAGA